UAAACGGAACUCAACCUGAGAAACUGUUAACGAUGACGGCGUUACAACGUCUCGGUCGUAGGAAACUAACGGAAUCGAGGCCGAAGAAGCAGGUGAAGCAAAUAACGAAUCAAAUCAAAACAAAUCGAUUCAACGGCUCAGAUCGAGUUUAAAUUUCGUUCUUCUAAUUCCCAGCCUUCCUUCCAGAUCCUUCUCUCAAGAGGUCGAAGCAAGCACGAAUCGAUCGGAAAAAAUGGCGGAUGAACGCAAACACGAAGAACCUCUACCUAAUCUGGACCCGACGGUGGAACUUGUCGAGAGGGAAUCGCUGUUGGACAAGAUAUCGGAGAAACCUUCAUCUCCGUCGUCUCUGAAAUCAAAGGUUUACCGUUUGUUCGGCAGAGAGAGGCCAGUUCACAAGGUUCUCGGCGGCGGAAAACGUACGCUUACGCUGGCUUAAACGCUUCGUUUUAGGGAUCGGUGACUUUCUGCGGCUGAUAUAUUUUAUGUGGAAGAACAAGAAGGUCUCAGGUGGUGCUACAGUAUCCUGGGUGCUCUUUGAAUUGAUUGAGUAUCAUCUCCUUGCUCUGCUUUGUCACCUUAUGAUCGUCUCUCUUGCUGCGCUGUUUCUAUGGUCUUAUGUCACCAUGUUCCUUUCUGCUAUCCUCGGGUUGUGGAUUCUAUCGAUCUUGGGCGGAUGCUGUAGUUUCUUGACAUUGGCAUACAUAGCUUUGGUUCUGUUGUUCACUGUUCCUCUGAUCUACGACAAGUACGAAGAUAAAGUGGACUCAUAUGGUGAGAAAGCAAUGGCUGACUUGAAGAAGCAAUACGCUGUGUUGGACGCGAAGAUGUUGAGCAAAAUCCCAAGGGGGCCAUUGAAGAAUAAGAAGAAAGUUUAGGAGUUUUGCGGGUUUUUUUUGUAUACGUGUGCACAAUUCUCUGUUCUUUUUUUUUAAUGUGGAAAGGUUCUUGGUAAUGAACCCAUCUUGUUUCUCUC